AUGCCUGAAAUAGGUCAAUGUACUCAUAUAACAUGUGAUAAUGAAAUAAAAGAAUUAUAUAAAUGUCACUGUUGUUUACAUCUUAUUUGUCUCUAUCAUUUGAAUAUACAUGCUGAAAUAACAAAACAAAAUAAUAAUCGACGAUUAAAUAAUCUUCGUAAUGAAUUAAAUACAGUUGUUAAUACACUAAAACUAAUUGUUGAAGAAAAAUUAUUAACUAUUGAACAUGAACAAAAUUUGAUUAAACAAGCAAAAAAGUUUCUUGAUAUAUCCAGUAGUUCAAUUGAUGAAUUACAAAAUAUUUUCGAAAAAAUUAAUCAAACAAUAGCAUUAAAUCGUUUAGAAGGAAUCAUGCUGAAAGUCGAACCAUUAUUAUUACAAACUAAAUAUUGUUCUCGUGUUUCUGAUUAUAAUAAGGAAAACAUGAAUUCAAAUGAUGAAGCAGAAGAAUUGAAGAUCUCAAAAGAUGAUGAAUAUUCAACGGAUAUCGAUCACCAUUUUGAUGGUACUGUUUCAUUGGAUGAAAGAAUCGAAUCUAUUCAGAAUCAAUAUGUAAAUGAAAAAGAAGGGAAACAUAAAUUAAAAUCAUAUAGAUAUAUUUUUAAUACAUGUCCAUUAACAUUUGAUGGAGCAUAUGGUCUUACUAAAGCAAAUCAUUCUAUUAAAUUUUGUGAGCAUGAAACAACUCGUCGAAUCGAAUUAUAUUUCCAUUUUACUCGUAAACAUCAAUUAAAAAAACUUUAUGCUCAACGUUUAGUACAAGCUAUUGCUAAUAAUCAAGAUCCUCAUAUAACAAAAUUAUUUAAUGAAAAUGAAGAUGUACUUGAUCAUUUUUAUAAAGUUCAAUGUCCUUUUGUUUAUGGAAAUGUUAAUACAUUAAAUAAUAGUCGACAAAAAGUAAAUAUUUUACCAUGUCAACAUCGUUUAGUUGUACUUUAUAAAUUAAAACAUCAUUUACGAGCGACUCAUAAAAUAUCGAAUUCAUUGGCACAAAAAUUAACAUCUCAAUUUUUUCCUAAUUCAAUUAUUCGUGGUCAAGUCCUAACGUCUGGUAUUCCUUUAUCAUCGCCAUCGGGUACUGAGCCAGCAUGGGAACAUGAAUUACGUUCAGCGAAAACACUUCGUGAACAAUCAAUGAAACGUAAAUAA